GUUAAAGAGCAAACCAUGUCGUGGAUACCACAGGAUCUGUCCUCCCUGUGUGCGGUGCAUACUUCUAUAACGAAUUGUUCGCCCUCGACGUUCCUAUUCUUGAAGCUGAUUGCCACGCUUUUUGGUGGCUCCCGAGACGCCGAAGACGAAUAUCUCAGUGGCUUUGGGAACUUCCAUAAUUUCCACGGUGCCAUCGAACAAGAGGAAUUCGAUUUCAUCGUCGUCGGAGCCGGAAGUGCGGGUUGUGUCCUAGCCAAUAGAUUAACGGAAAUAGAGAAAUGGAAUGUAUUACUGUUGGAAGCUGGAGGCGAAGAACCAGAAGCCGCUGAUAUACCUGCUUUUCCACCGAUUAUGCAAGGUUCAAGCAUAGAUUGGCAGUACUUGACUCAACCUUCUUCAACUAGCUGUCGCUCGAGAACCAACGGAAGAUGUUCAUGGGCAAGAGGAAAAGCGAUGGGUGGAUCAUCUACAAUCAAUUACAUGAUUUAUAUGAGAGGUAGCCCAUUGGAUUAUGACGAGUGGGCAGCGAUGGGUAACACUGGAUGGAAGUAUACAGAUGUUCUUCCAUAUUUCAUCAAAUCGGAAGAUAAUAGAAACCUCGAUAGAGUUGAAGCUUAUUACCAUGGUGUUGGUGGUUACCUGACGGUGGAGAAUUUCCCAUAUCAAGAUGUAAAUAUUAGGACGAUUAUUGAUGGUUUCAGGGAAUUGGGAUUAGACGAAUUCGAUCAAAAUACUGAACGACUGAUUGGUACUAUGCUGCUGCAAACCACGAGCAGAGAUGGUGAAAGGUUGAGCAGCAAUGGCGCGUUCAUCAGGCCGAUUCGUAAUAAGAGAGAUAAUCUGACGAUUAGAACGAGAACGUAUGUUACUAGGAUCAUAAUUGAUCCGGAUACGAAGGUGACUUUAGGUGUGGAAUACCAGGACAAGCAUGGUAAUGUGAAGCAAGCGUUCGCUCGCAAAGAGGUGUUAGUAUCGGCGGGUAGCAUAAACAGUCCUAAACUGCUGAUGCUGAGCGGUAUCGGACCCUACGAGGAAUUGUCUCAGCACGAGAUUCCGGUUCUGAAGGAGUUAUCUGUCGGCUAUAACUUACACGAUCACACCACCCUCGAUGGUCUCGUUUUCGCUUUGUCGAAUAAAACGUCAACCGAUGUUGAUGAUGAACAGCGCGACUCGGAUGUGCGAUACUAUCAGCAAACCCAUCGUGGCCCAUUAUCAUCAACAGGUCCAUUGCAAGUGAACGCUUUCGUGCAGACUUUGUAUGCGAAUGGCGAUCGACCCGACGUGCAGUAUUCCUUCGAUUCCACCAAUGUAGGGAACUAUCUCGAAGACGUUGUUCUCACGGCGGAGACCAACAACCAACCGUUGUGCUACUACAACGCGAUCACCGUAAGACCCAUCCUGCUGAAUCCGAUAAGCCGAGGAGUCAUCCGUCUUAACAACAGCGAUCCCGUCUUCGGGGACCCAUUGAUCUACGCGAAUACGUUCUCGGAAAGGUUGGACUUGCUUACGAUCACGGAAGGCAUCAAGCAGGCUCUGAAUUUAUUGAGGACAUCCAAAUUACAGGACGCCGGUUACCAAUUAGUGGAUAUUCCUUUGCCAUCUUGCAGCCACCACGACUUCGGCUCGGACGAUUAUUGGAUGUGCAUUGCGACCGAGUAUACAACGACAUUGUACCAUCCCGUCGGCACGUGCAAAAUGGGCCCCAAGAAUGAUAAAGACGCCGUCGUCGAUGCGAAACUAAGGGUUUACGGUAUCAAGAACCUGAGAGUUAUCGAUGCCUCUAUAAUGCCGAACAUAAUCAGAGGAAAUACCAAUGCUCCUACUAUUAUGAUCGCUGAAAAGGCUAGCGAUCUCAUAAAGAAUGCAUGGCUGAAGGCGGAAGCGCACGUAUACACCGCACCCUACGAUGUCACAGAGAAGAACUACAAAUAAAACACCCUAUCCGUUUUAUACACUCAGUCAUUUAGCUAUUAAUUAAAUACCUUUAUUAGUCAUACAAUUUUUGUUUCCAAUUUGUACAUACAUUUGUAUUCAUUAUUAGAACUACAAUAUCAUUUCAUCUAGGGCCUCAAGAAAUACAAGAAACUAAUUCACCAACUUUAUU